CGCACCGCCCCGGCCAGCAGCAUGCCUACCCGCCGCCUCGGUCUGCUCGCCGCCGCCCUCCUCCUUGGCCUGCUGCUGGGCCUCCCCCCGGUCACAGAAAAGAAGGGUUCCUGCCCUCAGAUCGACCUUGCCUUCCCCCAGCUGGGCUUCUGUGUGAACAAGUGCCAGGAGGACAGCCAGUGUCCCGGCAAUAUGAAAUGCUGCCUCAAUGGUUGUGGGAAGAUGUCCUGUGUCACACCUGACUUCUGAGCUCCAGCUGCCACAGCCCACAGCGUGAGGAGCAGGGGAAUGGAAGUUUCUGCCUGACCCUGUCUGAUUCCAGCCCAGCUGCCCUCCUCUUUCUGGCCUCUGCACUCCCUCCUGAGCUGACCACAGCUGCUUCUUUUCCCAACCAAUAAAGUGACCGCUUCCAGCACUGGUGGAA